AUGGUUCAGUCUACGCCUUUCGUUUCUUCCCUCUACACAGUUACCUCUUCUAAACCCAACCGAACCAAUCGAUCUGGAAAUUCUCAUAAUCCCAUUUCAGAAACCCUCACAGCCGAUCUGUUCUACAACUUCCACUCUCUAUUGGAACGCAAACAAGUGCAUGCCCACAUCAUCAAACUAACACUCCUCAUUCAAUCCUCCCACUUCCCCGAGUUGGCUCCAGCUUUUGCCGAAAGUGAUUCUCUAAAUGAUGCAAUUGUGCUGUUUUAUCAGCUGCGUAACCAUAAUAGGGAAGAUGUUGACGGGGCAUAUGCUUUAUUUUCACAAAUGCCAGUGAGGUCAUGGACGACUAUGAUUGCCGGAUUCGUUCAGUGUGGGAAGCCAAAGGAGGCUAUUAGUCUUUUUACGCAGAUGGAAGAGGCAGGGUUAAGACCUAAUGUGGUCACGGUUGUGGCUGUUCUCACAGCAUGUGCUGAUUUGCGUGCAAUUGAUCUUGGCAGGAAGAUUCAUGAGUACUCUGAGCGAAGUGGGUAUAGUAGAAAUAUUCAUAUAUGUAAUAUUCUUAUCGAUAUGUACAUCAAAUGUGGAUGUUUGGAAGUUGCUCAUAAUGUUUUUGAGGAGAUGGAGUACCGAACCAUUAUUGGCAUCAAGCCCAAUGGUGUCACCUUCAUUGGACAAAUGAGGGUCGUAGCCAUUAUUUUGUAUGCUUGUAGCCAUAUGGGGUUGACAAAUGAGGGUCAUAGGAUUUUUGCUAGUAUGAAUAGAGAUUACGGCCGUGCAGCCCUCCUUCAAGAGGCAUAUGAGCUUAUUAUGAACAUGCCUAUUGAGCCGAAUGGAGUAGUGUGGGGAGAUCUCCCUUGUGGAUGUAAGGUCCACAUGAACAUUGAAAUGGCGGAAGAAGUAACCAAACACCUUCUUGAAUUGGACCCGCUAAAUGAUGGAUACUACACAGUUUUGUCAAACAUUUAUGCGGAAGCAAAGCGUUGGGAAGACGUGACAAGAGUGAGGAAGUUGCUGAGAGAUCGAGGGGUGAAGAAGACACCAGGUUGGAGUUCAAUUACGGUGGAUGGAGUGGUCCAUGAGUUUGUGGCUGGGGAUGAGACCCUGAGGAGAUAUUCCAGAGAUUCUGUUUCAUCAUUGUGUUGGGUCUAUAUAUUUGAUACAAGCAAAAUCUGCAUUGUAUGCCAAGUCAGCCAUCUUUACACGAAGGAUGCAACUAGGAGUUGGAAGCUAGUUGGAUCAGAGGGGAGCAACCGGCUGAGCAUCAAGGAGCCAUCUGCAAAUAUUCUCCUGUUGGAUUAUGUUUCUUCUGAGAAGUGGAAGGACAUCAUAGAUUUUGAUGACCACCUUGAUGACAUUAGCAAGGACUGGUUAAACUCAGAACUCUUCAAUUAUUCACUAACCGAAAUGGUUCAGUCUACGCCUUUCGUUUCUUCCCUCUACACAGUUACCUCUUCUAAACCCAACCGAACCAAUCGAUCUGGAAAUUCUCAUAAUCCCAUUUCAGAAACCCUCACAGCCGAUCUGUUCUACAACUUCCACUCUCUAUUGGAACGCAAACAAGUGCAUGCCCACAUCAUCAAACUAACACUCCUCAUUCAAUCCUCCCACUUCCCCGAGUUGGCUCCGUUUGUGCCUUCACGCAUUGUUUUCCCUACGCUCAACAAAUCUACGAAUGUGCUGAUACGCCCGAGAUUGUAGUGUGGAACUCCUGUUUGAGAGCUUUUGCCGAAAGUGAUUCUCUAAAUGAUGCAAUUGUGCUGUUUUAUCAGCUGCGUAACCAUAAUGUUUGUCUCGAUAUUUUUUCUCAUUCUUUUAUUAUUAAAGCUUGCACACAAGUUGUUGGAACUUUUACAU